AUUUUGACAUUGACAUGUUGAGUAAGUGAUAGAAAAAUAGAAAUAUUUUGAGAAGAGUUGUAUGUUUUAUGUACUUAAAUAAACAAAAUAAUUCAAAUGGCUUCAGUGGAUGUAUCAGAAACUUCGUCAACCACAAAUAAGGACAUGACUUUUGCAGAAAAGCAAGCGGAACGUAUGAAGAGACUACGUUCUCUUCACUCAGCUAGAAACGAAGCAAGAAGUCAUAAUCAUCAAGAAGUUGUUGCGGAAGAGGCUAGAAAUAAACUUCCUCCAAAUUACGAAGCGAAACGAAGACAAGCAGAAUGGUUAUUAGAGGAUCAAAAGAAACGUGAAGAAGCUGCCAAGGAAGGUAAAGAGUACGAUAGAGUAAAGUUAUUAAACAUAUCAGCGACGGAGGCAGAAAGGCUUGAACGUAAAAAGAAGAAAAAGAAUCCAGAUCAAGGUUUCUCCACAUAUGAGCAAGCAACAGUAAGACAAUACAAUCGACUUGUAAAGAAUAUGCCUGCAGCUGAUAUGGAGCAAUACGAAAAACAGAAACAAAAAUACGGCGAUGCAUUUUAUGGUGGACCUAACGUUAUUAUACACGGCAUGCAUGAAGAUCGAAAGGAUGCUAUUGACAAAAUGGUUGAUGAUUUAGAAGGGCAAAUUGCGAAACGCGCGAAAUACUCCCGACGUCGUAUCCACAAUGAUGACGCAGAUAUUGAUUACAUUAACGAAAGGAAUGCUAAAUUCAACAAGAAAUUGGAGCGAUUCUACGGAGAGCAUACAUCAGAAAUUAAACAGAAUUUGGAAAGAGGAACUGCAAUAUAAGCAAGCAAAUUACAAUCAAAUAAAUGUAAAUAUCUACAAUAGUAAUUUUUUAUGUACAAAGAUUAUUCACUUGAACUGAUAUUGUGUUCAAAUUUUUUUUAUUUCCGAAUAACUCUUUUUUGAAGUGUAUUAAAAAUAAGUAUAUUUUAUCUAUAAAAGGUACAUUAUUGUGCUUUGUUAUAGAAAAUAGACUAUCCUUGAAUGACAGUUUUUAUGUAAUUAAAUGGGAAUGAUUAAAACAAAUAAAUUAAACAAAUUUCAAUAACAAGUUUAUUUGAUACAUGUUCUGAUUAAGUACAAAUUAUUGAAUAGAUAUUAUGUAUACAUAAAGAAGGUCUAAAUAAGCACUAAAUGUUUUUAUAAAUAU